GCACGAGUCCUGGUUCCGAUGGGUGGCAGCUGUGGCAUAAUGGGCAGCUGCACGUGUGGCUGACGAGCUGCCUCUCCCUGUACAUCGGUCUGUGUAAAUGCCUUUGAAGCACUAACACUCUACUUAACAUUACUGGUACAGCAGUGUUUAACCAGCAGCUGGAACAUAGUGUACAGGGGAGCAAGAGGAUCUUUACAGACUCUCCUUUGCCCUGUGUGCUUGUCAGGUGUGGUUCUGGAUGAGUCUGCUCCAUCUGAGGUGUGCAUGGUAUGAAAAUACAGGAUGAAUGGCAGCAGGAGGUGAUUCCCAAGUCUGUGACAGUGACAGGCAGUAGCUGGAGUAUCUGUCUCAGUCAUGCUGUCUCGGGAGCUGCUCUGAAUGGUGUGACCUCAGCCCAAGUACUGCCUUCCAGGUUUCAGAGCCCACUGUCUCUGGCCUCCAGCCACGCUCUCUGUGUUGACAUCUCUCCGAUCUGCUGACUUCAGUUGCUCUCCUCCACCGCUGCUGGUGGCAUGUGAGUGCCACAUCUGCCAAGAAGCCGUUUGAAAGCUUUCCAGGAGCACAAGCUUCAUUCGUGUCUGUAAUGACCCUUCGGCGUGAGUGGAUGCCAGGGGCCUCCGGAGCUGAACUCGUUCCAGGCGUCAUGCGAGGACCCGUGCUGGUGCGCAUGCCCUCGCGGGCAGAACAAUAAUAGCUCCACAUACGGCCGGCUCCUGUGAGUGCCAACUCCCUCGAUCUCCUCCAAUGCAGGCUCAGGGAUGGACUCCACCUUGUCCCUCUGAAGAGACUCUGCAUGCUCUCAGCAGCCAGGAGGGGAUUCUGCUGCCAGAUUCUCCACAAGCUGCCCCGCAGCAGGACUUGCUCAGUGGCAGCCUGGGAGGGGAUCCGUUCCUGCAGUCGUGCCGCGCCCACCACCUGCCCAUGGACAAAGCAGUGUGCGUGCACCGUCUGCUCUGAGCUCUUUGGCCUGCAUCAUCUGAACUCAGCUGAGCUCCUGGCAGGCUGUUGGCUUGUUUUCCCAAGUGCUCUCUCUGAUCCUGUUGCAUUCCCUCUCUCAGAGCCCCAAAAGGAUGUGAACUUUGGAAUGGGGUCUCUGAGCACGCUGCAGACUCAGUGCAUGUGUGAGACUUGCUGAGUAACAGGAGGACUGGUUCAUUGCUGCGAGCAGCCCUUCUGUCUGGCUGCAGGGCACCAGCCUUGCCUGGGCCCUUCACCAUGUUCCUCCUGCUCCCCUUUGACAGCCUAGUGGUUAAUCUCUUGGGGAUUUCCAUAACUGUUCUCUUCACUCUGCUUCUGGUUUUCAUCAUCGUGCCAGCAAUUUUUGGAGUCUCCUUUGGCAUCCGCAAGGUUUACAUGAAAACUUUAUUAAAGAUUUUUCAGUGGGCAACACUGAGAAUAGAGCGUGGUGCCAAGGAGAAGAACCAUCCGUUGUACAAGCCCUAUGUCAAUGGUAUCAUUGCAAAGGACCCAACGUCACUGGAGGAGGAGAUCAAGGAGAUCCGCCGGAGUGGCAGUGGCAAAGCCCUGGACGCCCCUGAGUUUGAGCUCUCAGAUAUCUUCUACUUCUGCCGCAAAGGCAUCGAGACCAUCAUGGAUGAUGAGGUGACCAAGAGAUUCUCAGCUGAAGAGCUGGAGUCCUGGAACCUGCUCAGCAGGACCAACUACAACUUCCAGUAUAUCAGCCUGCGCCUCACGGUGCUCUGGGGACUUGGUGUGCUCAUCCGCUACUGCUUCCUUCUGCCCCUCAGGAUAGCCCUGGCAUUUACUGGCAUCAGCUUGUUGGUGACUGGUACCACAGUGGUGGGAUAUUUGCCAAAUGGAAGGUGUAAGGACUUCCUGAGCAAACACGUGCACCUGAUGUGUUACCGGAUCUGUGUGCGUGCCCUCACAGCCAUCAUCACCUACCACGACCGAGAGAACAGACCCCGAAAUGGAGGCAUCUGUGUGGCCAAUCACACCUCCCCCAUUGAUGUGAUCAUCCUGGCCAGUGAUGGCUACUAUGCCAUGGUGGGUCAGAUCCAUGGAGGGCUCAUGGGUGUGAUACAGAGAGCCAUGGUGAAAGCUUGUCCCCAUGUCUGGUUCGAACGUUCUGAGGUCAAAGAUCGUCACCUCGUCGCCAGAAGGCUCACAGAACAUGUCCAGGACAAAAGCAAACUGCCCAUUCUUAUUUUUCCAGAAGGAACAUGCAUCAACAACACAUCUGUGAUGAUGUUCAAAAAGGGGAGCUUCGAAAUUGGAGCUACAGUUUACCCUGUAGCCAUCAAGUAUGACCCACAGUUUGGAGAUGCCUUUUGGAACAGCAGCAAAUACGGCAUGGUGACCUACCUCCUCAGGAUGAUGACCAGCUGGGCCAUCGUGUGCAGUGUCUGGUACUUGCCCCCAAUGACCAGGCAGCCUGAAGAGGACGCAGUGCAGUUUGCCAAUCGAGUGAAGUCAGCCAUUGCCAGGCAGGGGGGCCUUGUGGAUCUGCUCUGGGAUGGAGGACUGAAAAGGGAGAAGGUGAAAGAUGCGUUCAAGGAGGAGCAACAGAAACUCUACAGCAAAAUGAUUGUAGGCAGCCAUGAAGACCGGAGCCGCUCCUGAGUCUGCUGCCUCCAGCACUGCCACCGGGGCUCCAGCACCAACCAGGGCUUGUCUGGAGCAACUCUGAAUCUUUGGACUUGGGCUACUCCAGAGCUGCUUGGACUCGCUUUUUCAUCCUCUGGCUGUUUUGCGGAGUCACUGUUGCUGCCUGGAGUCUUUAGGCCUUUGGCAGCUCAUGGCAAAGAUGCCUUCUUGUUACUGUUACAGUGAAGCCCCUUGCAGGGGCAGUAUUAAAUGAAACUCUUACGGUGUCAUGUGCUUCCAUCUGGUGUGUCCAGCCCCAGGGAAGGACUGGUGUGAUGUGCAUGUGUGUCAGUCACAAGUCUCCCACAACACAAAAGCUGGUGAGCUGUGCUGAAAUUGGCUGCCUUGACAACCAAGGGAAUCCUCAUGAGCCUGUCCCCCUCAUGUAUGAGGCAUAAACCCCUUAGGAGCAGAAUGUGGUCUCUCAGGCCAUUUUCAGAUCCACUUCCAGGAGAAAUCUCUUUUUUUGCCACCUUCCUGUCAGCUUGACCAGACUGUUGCUUCUACAGUGUCUGAGUAGCAGCCUCUUCACUGCUCCUGAUGCAGUAAGGAUCAUACUCCUUGGAAAUGUCCCUCUGUCCCCUGGGGCUGUGGGGUGCCAGGUGUCAGUGGAGUGGCAGGUGGGGCUCCUGAGGAAUCUGUACGUGCUAUGGUGGGAGCCUGGAGUGUGUAGGAGAGCCCAAGACUUCGUGGCUGAGGCAGCAAAUCCCUUUUCAAAUGUCUUCUGAGGGCAACAGUGGCAUCUGACCUUGUCAUGCACACACAUGGAGAGUAUCAACUUGUUGCAAGAAAACUGAAAUCUUGUGCUGGAGGUGGUGCCCCUUUCUGCACUGCAAGUAAAAUAUUUGGUAAAACAACUUGAAUUUGGGCAUUUUUCCCAUUUUCCCUACAUUCCUACAAACUUGAGCACUUACAUUGGGUUCUCUGCUCUUACAAGCAAGAGCUGUUUCACUGCUACCUGCAGAAGCCUGCUUGCAUUUUCUAGUGCUCUGGAGAAGGCAGUUAUCUAAGUGCCUCCUUUGUACCUUGAGUGUUGUUUGUUGGGAAGGGCAUCUUCUAGGCCAGGUGAGGACAGCUGCUCUGUGUAAAUGGCCUUAAAUCUGAAUUUUCCUGCUCUUCUUUAUUUACCUGAUGGAACUUUGCUGCUCUGGCUGCAAGCUCAGGGGCCAUUUGGAUGAAGACCCCUGCACCGUUCUGUGGUCUGGGGAGCCCUGGAGGGAGCCACAGUGAGUCACUGUUGCCGAGGCAGUGCCGUGCUCGCUGCGUGCUGUGGGUGGCCCUUCCCGGUGUGCUGAGCUGCAGCUGGGGACACAGACAUCGCUGCCUGCUGAUCCCUGCUGCCCAGGCAGGGUCUCCAGGCUCUCCUUCUCUUCUCCCCGUUCAGCAGCCGCUCCUGAGUCCUAUCAAGGGCUGUGUCCCCAGAGCUCUCCUCUCUGGGGGUGGGACGGACAUUUCCUUCAGGCACUGCUGAAGGCCACAAGCCUCCUCCACCCCCUUGCCAUGUCCUCAGGAACUUGGAUCCAGCUGCAGGUGCCCACAAGUCUCCUGCCUGCAGCUGGGUCCCCUGUCCCUGAUGCCGUGGUGAUCUGUAGAACCUUCCUCAGCUUUGCAGGAUGUCCAGCCACCCUGCUCUGCUUGGGGACCAUCCCCAGCAGCAUUCAGGACGGUCCACAGCAGGCAAGGAGCUGGCUGGACAGGUUAGGAGGCACACAUCCAUCUUUCCUUGGCUCUCCCACCCCAUGCCCCCAGUCAAUAUGUCUCUCUCCGAUGAGAAAGUUAAUAAAUUUAGCUCUAGAUUAAAAGUA